AUGUCUCGACACUCUGGCUCAUCAAGACAACGGUCUCACCAGUCAAGAAGCACCGACCAAGAACCGGAGGUCUUAAUUGAACAAGUCAAAAGCAUUGUCACGUUGCUCUACGAAGUAGUUUCUUCCCGUCCUCAUGAAUGGGAACCCUACGUCCCAUCUGCUCGCUCGGCCAUGACAGCCCUUGACCGUAUUCAUUUCUUCCGUGACCCCCAGCGCUAUGCCGAGCAAGUCUGGAUGCUUCAUGGGAUUCAGGAUUUUGCCUACCAUGAUGCUGAUUCAGGGUGCAUCACGGACAUGGCAGAAUGGUGCCAAUCCGCAUGGCUAAGAAUCCUCCGAAACUACCCAGAAAAUGUCGAAACUCUGACAGGUCUGGGCAGCAACUGGCUCCAAAGAUCACAAGCAACGUUAGCUCGAAUUCAUCGAGAAGAGGACAAUGACUCUUCCAGCCAAGGUAGUGGUCAUCUGUCUGAUUUUGACACCGCCCAAGAUUCUGAUGAUGAUUUAGCGUCUCUGCCCUCUGAUCCGCGUCGCCAGGGACCUCUCUACGUCGAAGCCCGAGGAUACCUGCAGCCAGCCGUAGAUUUCUAUGGGCGAGCUGUGCGGUCCGCUGAUGCUCUUGGCUCAACAACAGGUGAUUUGUUGGCUUUAGCUGCCGAGUCACAAAUGUCUUUAGGCAACGUGACGGGCCCCCCGGGAGACGAACGCCAUUUCUCUCACGCAAUCCGGUAUCUUCGCCGUGCGGAGGAAAUUCCAGGGUACACCCUUUCGAUCUACUUGCAGCAGUAUUUGAACGAUUAUGGACGAUAUGUUUCUUAA